ACCAGCGUUCUUCCAUUCCGGGAUGGGUCCAGAAUGUGGGAAUCUUUCAAGCAUAUAUAAGCACACUCCGGCGACCUUAAGUCGUCAGAGUUUUGCUGAGUCUCGUUAAGAAACAACCAACCACCAUUCCCAAGAAGCAAUCAUGAAGUGCAUCGCAGCUGUAGUCAUGGUGGCUUUCACCGCUGUCGCCCACGCCGGAUACACCCCUCUGUUGUACAGUGCUCCCUGGGCCUAUACUUUGCCACACACCACCGUGGUCCAGAGCAACCCGGAAACUAAGAUUCUGGCUGCUGCGACCCCUAUCCAUACCUUGUCUUAUGCUCCGCCACUCGCACUGACCUAUGGUGCACCACAUUACACUUACAGUGCCCCAAUCGCAUACGAUGCCCCAGCAGUGGUGCUCCAGAAGGAGGCUCGCUAUCUGGCUGCCAACCGUGGCGCCAUUCACGAAGCUCCCCUUCCGGGACACGCAAUCUCGCAGCAGCAACUCAACUUGGAACCGGCUGCGGGUGCCAUUUGAGUAGCGUGACAAGUUGGUGACUGAAUUGAAACAAAAAAAAAAAGAGUAGUAAAAUUUCGCUAAAACCUGGAAAAUAAACGUAAAUUACUGAAUAA